CCAAAAAGAUGCGGUAGUUUUGUAUUGUCAAAAUGAAGACUGAGUUCCAGUUCUCCAAUCUGCUGGGGACCGUGUACAGCAGAGGCAACCUUCUCUUCACGCCAGACGGAACAUGUCUCCUCUCUCCUGUCGGGAACAGGGUCUCAGUAUUCGAUCUAGUAAACUCCAAAUCACACACCCUUCCAUUCGCGCAUCGACGGAACAUCGCCCGACUCGCACUGAACCCUCGCGGAAAUCUCCUCCUAUCGAUCGAUGAAGACGGCCGCGCCAUCCUUACAAAUGUGCCCCGCCGAGUUGCCCUCUAUCACUUCUCCUUCCGAGGCGGGGUCUCUGCCCUUGCAUUCGCUCCUUCCGGGCGACAUUUCGCAGCCGGAAUAGGAAGGCAGGUUGAAGUAUGGCAUACCCCUUCAACACCUGACGUGGCAGGUGGAGACCUGGAGUUUGCGCCGUUCGUCAGGCACAGAAUAUACACGGGCCAUUUCGACAGUGUGCAGAGCAUCGAAUGGUCGGCCGAUUCGAGGUUCUUCUUGAGCGCUUCAAAAGACCUGACGGCGCGGAUAUGGAGCAUGGACCUGGAGGAGGGUUUUAUGCCAACUACACUCGCAGGCCAUCGGCAAGGAGUUGUGGGUGCAUGGUUUUCUAAAGAUCAGGAAACGAUAUACACGGUUAGCAAAGAUGGCGCUCUCUUUGUUUGGAGAUAUGUGCUACGUCCCGAAGCACCUUCUGGGGCAGGCGAUGACGACGAGAAUUGGCAGUGGAGGAUUGCCGACCGGCAUUACUUCAUGCAGAAUAAUGCGCAUGUGACAUGCACUGCAUUUCACCCGGAGUCCAAGUUACUCGUCGCUGGAUUCUCUAACGGCAUCUUUAGUAUCUAUGAAUUGCCAGAGUUCAGCCAGAUACAGAACUUGAGUAUAUCGCAGAACGAUAUUGACUUUGUCGCAAUAAACAAGACUGGAGAAUGGCUUGCCUUCGGUGCUUCGAAAUUGGGCCAGCUAUUGGUCUGGGAAUGGCAGUCCGAAUCCUACAUCCUCAAACAGCAGGGACACUUCGAUUCGAUGAACUCCAUCGCCUACUCGCCCGAUGGUCAACGCAUCAUUACAGCUGCAGACGAUGGAAAGAUCAAAGUCUGGGACGUGAAUUCUGGCUUCUGUGUCGUCACUUUCACUGAGCACAUAAGCGGAGUCACAGCGUGCGAGUAUGCGAAAAGGGGUAACGUUCUCUUCACAGCAAGUCUAGAUGGAUCAGUAAGAGCUUGGGAUUUAAUUCGAUAUCGCAACUUCCGAACAUUCACAGCUCCUUCAAGGCUCUCUUUCUCCUCACUGGCGGUCGACCCAAGUGGCGAAGUCGUCUGCGCUGGAUCCAUUGAUUCCUUUGAUAUUCACAUUUGGUCUGUUCAAACAGGCCAACUUCUCGACCGACUGUCCGGCCACGAUGGACCUGUGACGUCCUUAUCCUUUGCGCCCGAUGGCGGCACCUUGGUCAGUGGAAGUUGGGAUCACACCGUUCGUCUGUGGAAUAUCUUCGCGCGAACACAGACGAGCGAGCCGCUACAACUUAUGGCGGACGUCCUCUGUAUCGCGUUUCGUCCCGACUCCAAACAGAUCGCUGUUACCACCCUCGACGGUCAACUAACGUUCUGGUCCGUAUCCGAAGCCACACAACAAGGCGGGAUCGACGCCCAGCGCGACGUUUCUGGUGGUCGUAAAAUGACUGACCGUCGAACUGCGGCAAAUCUCGCCGGCACUAAAAGCUUUACAUCUGUUCGAUACAGCGCUGAUGGAACCUGCGUCCUUGCCAGCGGUAACAGCAAAUACAUAUGUCUCUAUGACGCACAAUCCGGCGUUCUGUUGAAGAAAUUCACUGUCUCUGUCAACCUCUCCCUCGACGGAACCCAGGAAUUUCUCAACAGCAAACUCCUUACCGAAGCCGGACCUCGCGGCCUUAUCGACGAGCAGGGCGAAGCUUCGGAUCUCGAAGACCGGCGCGAUGACACACUUCCCGGCGCGCAGCGGGGUGACGCAGCGCGGAAAACUCGACCAGAAGUGCGAGUACCAGCGGUAGCAUUCUCGCCUGCUGGGCGAGCGUUUUGCGCUGCGAGCACAGAGGGCCUGUUAAUCUACAGUCUAGACACGGGCUUCCAAUUCGACCCCUUCGACCUUGAUAUCACCGUAACGCCCUGCAGCACCCUUUCUACCCUCGCUCAGAAGGAAUACCUCAAAGCACUAGUCAUGGCAUUCCGCCUCAACGAACAAAACCUCAUCCGCCGCGUCUAUGAAGGAAUCCCCGUCUCAGAUAUCUCCCUCGUCGUCAAGAAUAUCCCGACCGUCUACCUCGGCCGCUUACUCCGCUUUGUCGCGGUCCAGGCGGACGAGUCUCCCCAUCUGGAAUUCAAUCUGCUUUGGAUUGAGAGUCUUCUAAGUAGGCAUGGUCGGUGGUUGAAAGAUAAUCGAGGCUUGGUAGAGGCUGAGGUUAGGCAAGUAGAGAAGUGUGUGAAGAGGAUUCAGACCGAGUUAGUGAGGUUGGCGGAUGAGAAUAUUUAUCGGAUUGAGUAUUUGUUGAGUCAGCCGCGAGAGAAGAUAGAGGAACCGAGUGCGUUGGCAUUUGAGAUGGAGGCAGGAGGAGAUGGGAUGGAGGUAGAAGAAGAAGGGGAUAGUGGGGACGAGUGGAUGGGGAUUGACUGAGCGAGGGGGCCUACGUAUCUGCUCUCAGUCAUAUCAUCCGAAGGCGUUAGUUUGAUGCCAACAUGGAUUUUUAGGUCUCUCUCAAUGCCUUUGACUCACCAUCUUGCAAUGCGCUACACUGGAGUACAUGGAUACAAAGACGAUACGCUAUUUUGAUUCCAGGGGUUACAAGACAGGAUCAAACACCCCUUCU